UGGGAAGAAGGGAAGAAAUGGCGGUGCUGGUAGCGAAGAGGACGAGCGCGGAAGUGGAGAUGGCGCACGGCUUCAAGGAGCAUGCGACAUGGAGUCCCUACGAGAACAAUGGCGGGACUUGCGUCGCGAUUGCUGGAUCGGAUUAUUGCAUCGUCGCAGCUGACACGAGAUUGUCGCUUGGCUACAGCAUACUGACCAGAGGCCAUUCUAAGCUGUUUAAGCUCUCAGACACUGCGGUCAUGGCCUCCUCUGGCUUCCAGGCGGAUGUGAGAACUCUGCAAAAGAAUCUAGAAGCCCGGCAAAAGGGUUACUACCAUCAGCACGGGAAACCAAUGUCUUGCCCAGCGAUGGCGCAGCUCCUGUCGAACACCCUCUAUUACAAACGCUUCUUUCCAUACUACAGUUUCAACGUUCUUGGUGGUCUAGACACCGAAGGCAAGGGAUGCGUCUACACUUAUGACGCUGUUGGUUCUUACGAGCGGACAGGAUAUAGUACCCAGGGAAGCGGUGCAGAGUUGAUAAUGCCGAUUCUGGAUAACCAGCUCAAGUCUGCCAGUCCUCUCCUUUAUCCUCCAAGGGAAACGGCAACGCCCCUUACGGAACAAGAGGCUCUGGAAAUUGUCAAGGACACUUUCGCUUCGGCUACCGAGCGCCAGAUCUACACCGGAGAUGGACUCGAGAUUGUGGUCAUCAACAAGGAUGGAAUACACAAGGAGUAUUUAGACCUCAAGAAAGACUAGGCACUCUCUCUUUGCAGGAGCUAUGUAUAACGCCGAUUCUUAGGACAUAUUUCAUGGACAAUUGUUUCAUUUCCUCUCGUUCUCUCUCAUCGGAUUGAUCACACUGAAAGAAAGUAAAAUCUUAUGAUCGGAGCUC